CCGAGCGAAAAACAUCGACAGAUGGCAAAGACCAUGUUAUGAUUAAUAUUUCUAAUUAAAUUCAUAGAGCAUUAGAUGAAAUCUGGUACGCGGCAGCAAGUGCGGAGACUGGUUAAUCGAAGAGGAUGAUCGCAAACGCGGUAGUUAUUAAUCGGCGGCGAAAUAUCGACAUCGCAGGCCCGUGCACCGAGGGACGGAGCGAAUGAAACAUGGCGUUUGUUUCUUUCAUAUGUUCCGAAAGCCCAGUCCGUUGAUUUCGUUUAUUUGUAGCCACGGCGAACGGUGAGCGUUUUCGCGAAUAUCGCACAGCCGUGGGACUCGGCACGCGUUCGCUGUGCAGGCUCGAGCACGGACGGAGCCCCUUCUUUCGGAUGAAAUCCUUGUUGGCAGCUCUAAAGAAUGAAGGAGAACAUCGCCACUCGUGGCUCCUGGAAUGCUGAGUGUUUCUGAAACAGUUGGACUACCAACAUGACGUCACGUAGCUACACUAAAUCUUAUAGCCGAAAGGUGACCAGCGUCACGCCGGCCAGUAUCCAAUUCGACAAGCUCUUUCGAGAGAACAGCAAUCGACCCUCUGCCGCGAAGUCUGCAGGCACCGUUGGAAAAUGGGGCAUCACCUCGUUUACGUCAAUUCGGAGCACCAAUAUCAAUGGGAGGCGAGAUGACAUACACAGCUCGUUUAGUUCGAAAAGGAUGAAGCUCGACUACGGCAACCAAAACGCGCGAGUGACCGCUGGAAAGGAUCCGUUUUCAUUCGAUACCGACCCGGAUGCAAAGUCGGAUGCGGCCCCACCUGUAGUGAAGCCGAAGAAGUUUUUCAAGAGCCGAAACGUCCCGGCAACCAUAGAGGAGCCCCGACCAGACGCAUCGGUCUACAGACAAGUACCUGAUUCACAGUAUGGACGUGGUCGUCCCUCGAAGCAGACCCACCAGUCCUCGAAGCAGUCGACCGCUUCGACGCCAAAGGCAUCGUACGCUCCAGCACGCAGAGUCACCGAGAGCUUAGACGCUGCUGUGAGUGAACCUCCUGCCGCUCCCCCUGUGACUCCUCCCCAUGUUAGGGAGGAGUCGAAGCCACCGAUAGUAUUGAGAAUAUGCAAGGGCACCGCGCGUCUUGUCUGCGGUGACACGCAGGACAAUCCAGAGCCCGAGACGGACACUUACAGGAUCUCCACUCCCCUGGCCAGCCCAAAUAAGCUGGAACUGGACCAGAAGAGUUUCAGCCCGGAGAUAUCGCCGAAAUCGGACCUCAGGUCGACGCGCUCCUCCCAGCAGCCAGUCGUCACCACCGUUUCUAUACCUUUGGACAAUUCGGACAUGCGAAGAACCACCCGUAGUCGGGCUAAAAACCUGCAGCUGGACCUCACAUCUCCUUCGUCGGCGACGUCGAGCACGCCUGCAACGCCGAGCUCCCAUGGCUCCGGUCUCUCCCUUACUCUACGGAAAUCCGUAACGGAUUCCAACAACACCCUCAUAUCUCACUAUGACAUUGUCAAGACUGACUGUAGUCCCACGUACUCGUGCAAGCCGACGAUAGAACCUCUGAUAGGGCGAGAUCAGCCACUGCCCACCACGACGCAGGAGUUGAUUGACAUUCUCUCCAGCGACGCUGACUCCAUGCAGAUCAGGCCGGAAGUCGAGACCGCAGAGAAGGAAACUCGUUUCGAGAACCCUGCCGAUGAGGUGCAGCACUGCUCCAUCGACCUGCCCAUGGCUGAUGCAGUACCCACGCGACCGGAUCCUGACCCGGACCCUCAGCCCGAGGUCGAACCGGAACCUGAUGUCGAACCUGAGACCGAGAUAGAGGCGGAACAGGAGAUGGACGUGUCCGUCACUGACAAGGACUCUGCGGCAGCCAAAACCCUCGUCGACCAGGACUGGUUCUCCAGCAGCGAGGACAGCGAAGGGGCCAGCAAUAAUGCCGACAAUGACAUGACGAACAAUCCACAGAGCCCCAUCUCCGAGUCUCAGCCUAUGGCCACCUCUGCAAAUCCCACCGCGAAGCCCACCACGAAGAAGGGCAGCAUCUUCAAGAGCAGGUCAACCGGCGCCACCAAUGGCAAUAAACGCAGGGCUCUGUAUAAACACAAGUGGUGUGAUAGUGACAAGGAAGCCAGCACUCCGGAGCCUGCUAUUACAGGGAACGUCACUCCGGAUACAGCCUCAGGGUCCCAUGGGGUUGCUGGACCCAUGGUUUACGAGGAGGAGUUCGAACCCUCCAAGUUAACCAGAGUCGUCACUUAUCCUGAGGCCGAUGCUGACUUCACCGACGAGACCGAAGCUGUUACGAGUGUCCGUUGUGGCAAGAAGGUGAAGGGUUUUUACACCGUGGUGAAAAAUGUCAAGAAAGCUCAUCAGAUCCAGGAGAGCGGUGAAUUCCAGGAAUUUAAUGAUGACGUAGAGUAUAUCCUUGAUACUUUGAGAGAGAACAACCCGAAUGCCACUCGCUGUCUCUCUGCGAUAAGGUUGGCUAGCAAGUGCAUGGCUCCGGCGUUCCGAAUGCAUGUUCGCGCUCACGGGACGGUGGCCAAGUUCUUUAAAGCUUUACACGAUGCCACGAAAGACCAGAGCCUCGGAUUAUGUACAGCGACCGUAAUGUUCGUUUUGAGUCAAGACCGAUUGGCGAUGGACUUGGACCGUGACUGUUUGGAAUUAAUGCUGAGUUUAUUAGAGUCGGAUGCCAGCCAUAAAGACGCUCUCGAUGACUGUGGCUUGAGUCGUGCUGAACUUUUGAAGAAUAAGGAAAAAGUUCGCCAGCUGUGCGCUGACAUUCAAGCUCAAGGACAUGCCAAGCAUCUUAAUCUUGACAAUAUCACCGUUGGACAGUUGGCGAUGGAAACGCUUCUUAGUUUGACAUCGAAACGUGCUGGGGAGUGGUUCAAGGAAGAACUUCGAGAGUUAGGAGGCUUGGAACAUAUCGUGAAAACCAUUAGGGAUUGUCACCGACACAUUGCCGGCAGUGACAUUACUCGUUCGGGCUGGAACGAACCAUUAUUGGACAAGUUACGUAAAGUGGAUCGAUGCUUGCGAGUCCUGGAAAAUGUUACACAUAUGAACGAAGAGAAUCAAGUAUAUUUGUUGAAAUACGGGGAAGGAGUUAUCGUGAGCACCCUGGCCAGUCUGUAUCACCUGUGUGGUCAAGAAAUCCCAAUAUAUCCAACAAUUGAUUCGGGAGACAAGAGUUCUACCGGUGCUGUCAUUAGAGAGUGCCUCUUUGCUAUACUUAAAGUCCUUAUUAAUCUUACUCAUCGCUUCAAUAGGCAAUCUUUCGGAAGCAAAUUUGUGGGUUCUCAGCCAGGAAUUAUCGGCGGUAGCUUGCAAUUGGUUCUGCGUAUACCGGAGUCUCUCCCAGAAGAAAAGCGUUUCGACAUUAUGAUGUUAGCGUUAAUCUUGCUGAUCAACUUGGUCGAGCAGUGUGACGACAACAAGAAAAUCCUUAUCGAGUGUCAAGCGCCCCUGAGUACGGAAAAUAUCUUCGACUCUGAUGAAAGUGCCGUUGAAGCAUUGAUCGAUCUGUUCUACAAACAAGUGGAGCUAGCACGUGCCGAAGAGCAAAAGACCAAUGCAAUUCUGGACGGGAAGAAGGAUGCCGAACAAACCGAAACCGUGUCGACAACCACCAAGUCGCAGGAGGAGUUCAUCGAAGAGACUGUCACUAAAUUAUUGCAAAAAGCAGGACAACACAUGGAGCAUACUCUAAUAGGUGCCUACGUAGUGCUUCUGCUGGGAUACUUAGUCAUCGACAAUAAGGAUUACGAGUCGUUGGUGCGUAGCAAACUCCCGGACAACAAUUUCAUCACGAUGGUGGCCGUGCUUCAGAAGUUCUUCAAUUUCAUGAACCUUACGGCAUCGAAUGAAAUAAGCAGCUGUGGAAUAGCAGCCACGGAAAAGGUGAUCAAGUUCCUAAAGAUGUCCGAUGCCAGGGCCGAGGAAGAAAGGAACGAGCUGCCACUGCCUGCUUUGGAGGAUCCCAGCAUGAUGCUCGACAUAACCUCAUCUUGAUUGACAUAUUACGAGUACAUCUGAAUAGAAGAUUCGUUCUGGAGGAAUCGUGAUGAACCCUGCAAACGAGAUUCCCUUCGCCGCGGCACAGUGGACGGACCUGUUUCAUAUUGACCGGACGUUUUGAUAUAUAUUUAUUCGUUUACGUAACUUAUUGCUGUACUUUCCACCAUUUACCCGUUUGAUUUGCGCGAGGAGGUUAAUUCGUGCGGGAUAGUUUAAAAUUAUAAGCUGGUUUAUGUUUUCUCCCCCACGUAAGGUAGCGAGUGGACCAAGUCCUCGGUACGAGUAGAUUCUGUGAAAUUAAACGAUGUACGAACAGUUCUUGGCGGUGACGAAAAGUUGAUCAGCUGAUCCAGCUGUCCUUUCGUCCUACACUUUCAUGGAUGUCGCUCGAAAACAUUUACUUUUACCUUACGAAUGGCUUGCCUGAUCGUUUCUCCCUUUCGUUUCCCUCGAAUGGCGAUGACGGGUCGUUCGAGCCAUCGUAGGCGGACAACGUUCAACAUCCGUUCGUUAUCGAGUCGUUUGGCAGUAAGAGGGUCGAAUGCGGGCCAUUGAAUAUUCAUAAAGUGUUAUGACCGUGUAAGUUUAUUUUAAUAUUAAAAUUAAAUCUACACUGUAAGUCUUGUAAAUGUAAAUUUAUAAAUUAUAAUUGUAUCUUACGUACACCGAGUUAAACAAUUGAAUUCUCCUCGUUCAA